AUGACAGACAGGCUGGCGUCGCCUUGGGCCCGGCUAGGAUUGUUACAUAUCUCGGGUCUGGAUGCUGGUGACAAGGAUCCAUGUCGGGUUCCAUCUUAUCUCCCAGGAUUUCCAGCCGGCGACCAAUCACCUAAGGCCCAGCGGGAGGUGAACGAGGCCAAAGAGCGACGGUUGGGACGCGUCCUUGUGAUCAAUAUUGACUAUGUUCUAUUCGCAGCACAAGGAUGUAUAUACUACACUAAACAGGCGACGAAGAUAGGCCUCGAGGGACGCCCACCCCCAGACAGAAGCAAGAAACAAUCGCCGCAGAAGCAAACACAAGAAGCAGCAGAAGCCACGCUGAGCCGCCACCCUCUGGGGACCCCGCCCACCACGGUGCUAACGGGGAACCGAGGAUGGCAUGAGGACUAUGACCAGGAGGACAAAAACUGGGGGUACCAGGGAGCACCACAGCAGACCCAACCCAUCAGGCACAUCACAGAACCAGCCCACCAGGGGGCACCACAGCAGAACCAGCCCACCAGGGGCACCACAGCAGAACCAGCCCACCAAGGUCACCACAGCAGAACCAGCCCACCUGGGGCACCACAGCAGAACCAACCCACCAGGGGCACCACAGCAGAACUAGCCCACCAGGGGCACCACAGCAGAACCAGCCCAUCAGGGGCACCACAGCAGAACCAACCCACCAGAGGCAUUAGAGCAGAACCAGCCCACCAGGGGCACCACAGCAGAACCAGCCCACCAGGGCAUCACAGCAGAACCAUACCCAGGGGCACCACAGCAGAACCAGCCCACAAGGUCACCACAGCAGAACCAGCCCAUCAGGGGCACCACAGCAGAACCAGCCCACCAAGGUCACCACAUCAGAACCAGCCCACCAGGGGCACCACAGCAGAACCAGCCCACCAGGGCACCACAGCAGAACCAGCCCACCAGGAGCACCACAGCAGAACCAGCCCACCAAGGUCACCACAGCAGAACCAGCCCACCAGGGGCACCACAGCAAACCAGCCCACCAGGUUCACCACAGCAGCAACCAGCCCACCAAGGUCACCACAGCCAGCCCACCAAGGUCACCACAUCAGAACCAGCCCACCAGGGCACCACAGCAGAACCAGCCCACCAGGUUCACCACAGCAGAACCAGCCCACCAGGAGCACCACAGCAGAACCAGCCUGGUCACUCACAGCAGAACCAGCCCAUCAGGGGCACCACAGCAGAACCAGCCCACCAAGGUCACCAUCAGAACCAGGGGCACCACAGCAGAACCAGGGGCACCACAGCAGAACCAGCCCACCAGGGCACCACAGCAGAACCAGCCCACCAAGGUCACCACAGCAGAACCAGCCCACCAGGGGCAACCAGAACCAGCCCACCAGGUUCACCAGCAACCAGCCCACCAAGGUCACCACAGCAGCCCAGCCCACCUGGGGCACCACAGCAGAACCAGCCCACCAGGGGCACCACAGCAGAACCAGCCCACCAGGUCACCACAGCAGAACCAGCCCACCUGGGGCACCACAGCAGAACCAACCCACCAGGGGCACCACAGCAGAACUAGCCCACCAGGGGCACCACAGCAGAACCAGCCCAUCAGGGGCACCACAGCAGAACCAACCCACCAGAGGCAUUAGAGCAGAACCAGCCCACCAGGGGCACCACAGCAGAACCAGCCCACCACGGGCAUCAGAGCAGGACCAGCCCACCAGGAGGGAGUGCGCAUUAUACAGGCUACAAGAGCCGGAGUUUGGAGAACAACAAAACACGUGUGUCAGUGUAUUAAUUUUGUAUCUGAGCAUCCCGGAUAUUAGGCCACAUAAACCAGAGGAACAGACAAUAUAA